AUGUCUUCUUACAUGGUGAUUUGGCUGAGGAGGCAUAUAUGUAGCCUCCGCCAAGGUAUCCUCAUCCUCUUGGUAAGCUCUACUGUUGCACAACUUGGGUUUGCUUCUAACCCCUAUGAUUCAGCUCUUUUUACUCGUCACACUGAUACUAACAUUACUAUUCUACUACUUUAUGUUGAUGAUAUGAUCAUUACUGGUGAUGAGACUUCUAGUAUUCAUGAGCUUAGACAGUUUAUUUGUCGGCAGUUUGAGAUGAAAGACUUCGAUUCUCUUAGCUACUUCCUCGACUUAGAGGUGUCUCCUACCUCUGAUGGCUACUCUUUAACCCAAGCCAAGUACGCUUCUGAUCUUCUCACACGUGCUGGUCUCACAGAUUGUAAGAUAACUGAUAAUCCGCUGGAGCCUAACAUCAAACUCGGUCCUACUGAUGGGGAGCUCCUUCCUGAUGCCACUUGUUACCGACAGUUUGUUGAGAGCUCGAUUUAUCUCAGUGUCACUAGGCCAAACAUUACCUAUGCAGUGCACCUUGUUAGUCAGUUUAUGUCGGCUCCUCGUUCCAUUUACUAUGCAGCUGUUUUUCGCAUCUUACGCUAUGUGAAAGGAACAUUAUUUCAUAUUUUCAAGAAUGUUUGA